AUUUUGGCAGCAUCGACGUCUAUCUUCUGGAAACACCAGAUUCUGCUGUACUCCGUUCUGGACCACUUCCAUGUCACCUCUCAGCACAAGCAGCAGAGGCAUCGCACUAACUGUGCACUGCACGUUUGCAGAAGGCAAAACCGUGACUAUUUACACUGACUCACGCUAUGCUUUUGGGGUAGUACACGAUUUUGGGGCUAUUUGGAAGUGUAGACAAUUUCUCAAAUCUGAUGGCAAACCAGUACUUAACCAUGUACUGGUUGCAGGCUUACUAAACGCCAUUCUGCUCCCAUCUGAAGUUGCAGUCUGUAAAUGUGCCGCACACGCAAGCAGCACAGACCCAGUUUCCCUAGGAAAUGCGCCUGCUGACUCAGCCGCAAAGGCAGCUGCUCUGAUUCCUCUCGCACCUCACGCACACUCAUUUGUUAAAAUCCCUGUCUCCUCCUUCACUGACAAAAUGUCAUCACUGACUUCCAUGCAGCAGCUAGCUACACCAGUUGAGAAGGCUCAGUGGAAGGCUGCUGGGGCUGCUUUUGACCCAACCUCCAGCAUCUGGGUUGGUCCAAAUUCAAAUCCAUGUCUCCCAAGACAUUUCUUCCCUCAUUUUGCUAAGUUGACACAUGGGUUGGACCAUGUGUCAAAAGGGGGGAUGUUAGAGGCUAUAAAUCAGGAGUGGUUCACAAGGGGGUUCACAGUAACAGCUCAAAAGCACUGUGAAGCAUGCCUAAUUUGCAUUAUGCAAAAUUCUGGUAGACCAGUAAAGGUUACAGGACCCGGAGCACAUCCACCUCCCACCAGGCCAUUUGAGCACCUAAUGCUGGAUUUCAUUGAGCUUAGCCCAUCAGAGGGUAAGAAGCACUGUCUGGUGGUGGUUGACAUGUGGUCCAAAUGGGUUGAAGCUUUCCCAGUAAAAGCACAGACAGCAAAUGCUGUGGCAAAGGCACUACUGAGGGAAAUCAUUCCUAGAUGGGGACUACCAGACAACAUUUCUAGCGACAACGGUUCACAUUUUGCUAAUGAGGCCAUUACGCAGAUAGGAGAAUACAUGGGCAUGGACAUCAGAAAGCAUUGUGCUUAUCAUCCACAGAGUGGGGGUGGGGUGGAAAGAGAGAACGGCACAAUCAAAAACAAACUAGCAAAAUGCUGUGCAGACACAGGUCUGUCAUGGACACAAGCUCUGCCCAUUGUGCUGAUGUACAUGCGGAUGCGGAAAAGAACACGGAGUCAACUCAGCCCAUUUGAAAUCCUUUUUGGGGCUCCUCCACAGAUUGGACUCGAGGCUCCAGGACAGGGCUGGACUGGGACAGCAAAUCGGCCCUGGCAUUUAGACCCAGACCGGCCCAAAUCCAUAAAACAAACGAAUAGUAGCGGUUCCUGACAAGAAGAAUAACUCAGUAUAAUUUUAAAAAACGCUAUUAUUAUUAUCCUUUUUACGUACCAGGGGCAAACUAAACUAAUACAUACCACAAGUAUGUGUAACUAUCAAUCAUUAGAAAUUAGACCUUCAAACCCUCUCACAAAGCGAACAGUGACCGAGCACUAAUAGGGGGGUCUGAUGGUGGUUGUUGUGACAGUCAUUCUUUGGUGGGGGCUCUAAGGCUCCCCUCUGACUCCGCGCGUCCUUUUGUGAAUGGGUCAGAUUAACAGAGGAAGAAUUCACAGCAACCAUUGGUAAGGUUAUAACAAAUAUGCUGAUUUAAUGGUAAAAGAUACACAUACAAUAUCAUCACGAAGUAAUCCGGAUUACUCCGGCCCUGUCCUCCCGCUGGGAACUCUUACUUACUCGUCUUGGCAGCUGGAGGAAAGAGAGCGAACGCCAGGACUCAACAGGAGAUAUACAAGAAUAAAACAGGAGGGGUUGGGUCAGCUGGUCAUCUUUUCAGGUCAUCUCAUUGGGAGAUGCAAAAGAUGCUCUGUCACAGUGAAUCAGCGCGUGCCAGCAGAGAACCUGAAAACAGUCUCAGUUUGAAGCAAACACAUCUGGUAUUUCAGCAGGUUUCACACACACUCAUUUCCCUUCUUUUACCAUUUAAGGUAACACAGACACAUUGGGUGUCCUGCACGGACCCUUCAUAACAUAUACAGAGAACGCACACUAAUUUCAGAGAUCUGAGCUAUCUUCAAAUAAGGGCAUUCCCCUGCUCACCUUUUACUUUAAAUAAUGGUUUUACUCAUAUUUCCAACUCCCUAUUAUUAUUGAUACAAAGUAAUUAAACACACACAUAUAUUUUAGACAUGUAUGUUCUAGCUACUUGGCAUUCUGUGUUUAGAUAAGAAUGUGUACUCUCCCCACAUCCCCAGUCUCCUGUCAUGCCAACCUGCUCCUUUAUUUCACAUAAGUAAUUUAAACACAUUUAAGCCAACUACUCACAAAGUUGUGGCAAUUUAAUACUCACAACAUGAAAGAAUCAAACAGAAAGAAAUCAAUAAAAACACAAGCAUCAGUAUAAUUGAGCAGUUAUGAUACAGCCAGAUGGCUACUGCAACACACACACACACAUCCUACUCUGCUGCCUAUAGCAUAUGUCUAUAUAAGGGUAUUUCCUCUCUGUCUCCUUCUCUUGACAGGGAAGUUUUCACUUCUCAUCUUUCCAGCUUCUUGUUCAUAUAAACUGCUACUAUUAAAUACAAAGUAAUUAAGUACACACAUGAAUAUAUAAAAACACACUUCUUAUAUAUCAGGGGACAUUAAAAUGAAUAUACCAAAAAUUACACUAUUAAACUUCCUGCUAUAAUAUAUUAAUUUAAUUAUCUUCAUUUCCCCCUUUUGUUCUUAUUUCCAAAGAUCAACUUUAACAAGGCAUUUGAAACAUAACUAUAGUCAUUAUUUUCUACUGUGUCCGUCUCAACAUUGUAUAAAUCUAUCAGAAACUGAGACCCAAAGUACUUGAAAUCUUUGGGAACAGAACACCACUUUCCAUGGCAGUGAAGGAACCAUGAGAGGUGCAACCUGAGUGCUAGAAAGCAGUCUCCUUGUGGUGAAUCAUGUUAGAGAUUUAAAGGGCUUAACUGGUCCGCUUUUCAAAUCUCCGCGCGUCCCUAUCAAGCUGGUUAUAAUACAGGAAGGAAUCCAGAGCUACCAAGUAACCGUUAAACAAUAAUCUACUUUAAUGGUAAUAUGACAAUGCAAUACAAUCAAUACAGUACAAAUUCAAUACAGUUACCUUUGGGAUCCCGAAUUUACCUGCACGUGAGCCAGCCAGAGGAAAGAGACUGAACACAUCGUGUGUCUCUGUGUUUAUACUUUCUAACAAUGGGAGGAGUUAUCUGAUCCGCCCUUGUGGACCUCCUUGAUUGGAUCACAAAUACCUCAGAUCUUAGUUAUCUGAUCCGCCGUUUUGGACUUCCUUGAUUAUAUCACAAACACCUCAGAUCUUAGGUUUCCCCAAUCACUGUAGCUCAGUUCCAUUAUCUCUAGAUCUAAGUUGAAUGCAAAUCAAUACAUGCUCUCACCUUCCUUUGUCCUCAAAAACACAUGUCAACAGGCCCCAAA